AUGACCGUCUCCCACGAGCCGCCCAGUGCAGGCGAAGCGCCCAAGAAGCCAAAGGGCAUCUUGAAGAACGCACCUUCGAAAGUCGCCCUUAACGCACAGGGGUCCGACGAAACCCCCCAACCACUGCCUGUGGACUCUGUUGACAACAAAGAACUCACCCUCCAGAAUACCCUCCAGAAUGCCGGCCGCCGCCGCUCGUCGAGUGCCCGUCGCACCUCGACUUCCCGACGCCUGUCGGGUUCGAGCGCUACCGGGCAGGACGAGCACCCCCAGCGGCUGAAGUGGGACGAGGCCAAUCUCUACCUGACCGAACAGGAGAAAACGGCCAAGAUGAAGAUUGACGAGCCAAAGACGCCCUAUGUGCCCCGCUAUGACCCGUCACAAGACGAGGAUGAGGACGACAUAGAAGGAGAGGCCCAGAAGCGGAUGCUGGAUGCGCAAGACCUGGUCGUCGAUGAACUCGACAAGGUGGAUGGCGCACGUAAAAAGAACAAGAUUGAGCGCGAAAGUGACAUCCCUAGCCUGGAGCUCGGUGAACCGGAGGAGGAUUUCCAGGCAGCCGACCAGGGCGAGGAGAAGAGGAUCUUUCGCGAGAAGCACGUUAUGGUGGAUAACGAAAGCAUCUCCGGCGGUGAUGAGGAGGGAGAGCGUCUGAUGACGAGUGAGGAAGCCAAGGAGAAGCACCGUCAGUUUGAGGAGCGGCGGAAGAAGCACUACGAGAUGAAAAACAUCAAGGAGCUUUUGGGUAAACAGGUGGAUCUCGAUGAGAUGGACGACGAAGAGGACGACGAGACUCCAGCGGAGCCACCUGCCGUUCCCAAGAUUCCAGAGAAGUAUUUGAACGGCAACAAAUAA